GUAAAAUUCACGGUUUUUCAGUUGCCAGUUAAAACACGCGCGAGAGUGCCAAAGCAAACUGAAAGAGAGACAUUAGGAAUUCGGAUCCGAUUAAUCCAUUAAAUGAGCAGCAGCGAGGGGAGCUCAGGGCAGUCGGCGGCGAGAGGGGUCGGAGGGGAAGGGCACCCACCAUCCACGGCAGAUAAGGGGAAGAAGAAGGAGAAGGCGCGGGUGAGCAGGACUUCUUUAAUCCUGUGGCACGCGCACCAGAAUGAUGCCGCGGCGGUGAGGAAGCUCCUUGAGGAGGAUCGAUCUCUGGUACAAGCCAGAGACUAUGAUAGCCGCACUCCGCUUCAUGUGGCGGCGCUUCAUGGCUGGAUCGACGUCGCCAAGUGCCUCCUAGAGUAUGAUGCUGACGUCAACGCACAAGAUCGCUGGAAAAACACACCUCUUGCUGAUGCUGAAGGAGCAAAAAGACAUGGAAUGAUUGAGUUAUUAAAGUCAUAUGGUGGGCUAUCUUAUGGCCAGAAUGGAAGCCAUUUUGAACCUAGGCCUGUUCCACCUCCUCUUCCAAAUAAGUGUGACUGGGAGAUUGAUCCUGUCGAACUGGACUUCUCGAGCUCAACAAUCAUAGGGAAGGGGUCUUUUGGUGAGAUAAUAAAAGCUUAUUGGAGGGGAACACCUGUAGCUGUCAAACGAAUUCUUCCAAAACUCUCAGAUGAUAGAUUGGUGAUUCAGGACUUCAGACAUGAGGUAAAUUUGCUAGUUAAACUUCGCCAUCCAAAUAUAGUCCAAUUUCUUGGAGCGGUCACAGAAAGGAAGCCCUUAAUGCUAAUUACAGAGUAUUUGAGGGGGGGGGAUCUACAUCAAUACCUAAAGGAAAAGGGGGCACUGAAUCCAUCAACAGCAAUCAAUUUUGCAUUGGAUAUUGCUAGAGGCAUGGCUUAUCUUCACAGCGAGCCAAACGUUAUAGUACACAGAGAUCUAAAACCAAGGAAUGUUCUUCUUGUCAACUCUAGUGCAGACCAUUUGAAAGUUGGAGACUUUGGAUUAAGCAAACUUAUUAGGGUGCAAAAUUCUCAUGACGUGUACAAAAUGACCGGUGAAACUGGAAGCUACCGGUAUAUGGCUCCCGAAGUCUUCAAACACCGAAAAUAUGACAAAAAGGUUGAUGUUUUCUCUUUUGCAAUGAUCUUAUACGAGAUGCUUGAAGGUGAACCGCCACUGGCAAAUUACGAACCAUAUGAAGCCGCUAGAUAUGUGGCAGAGGGACAAAGACCAAUUUUUAGGGCCAAAGGUUUUAUACAGGAUUUGAGAGAGUUGACUGAAAGGUGCUGGGCAGCAGAUAUGAAUCAGAGACCUUCUUUCUUGGAAAUCUUAAAGAGGCUUGAAAAGAUUAGGGACAUAUUACCGUCCGAUCAUCACUGGAGCAUCUUUACAACAUGAGAGAAACCAGAUAUGAAAGAUGGAACUUCAUAUAUCUGCUAAUAUAUCCUUCACCCCUACAUGCCAGAAACAAGAUCGGUUUUGAAUGGAGUCAAUAGUGUGAAGCUUGCAAGACUGAUCGUUUGCCCAAUGCUUUAUCGUGCUAUUUGGAUUUAACCUUGGACGUGCCUAUUAUUUCUACAGUCCCAGUUUCUUGAUCUCAGAAGCGAGUGUCAAUUUGUGUUGUAAUUUACAUAUAUAAAUGUUCACUCUUUGAGUUGCAAUCUGUUGUAGUUGGCUAACUUCUAUUAAUAACUUCGAACAAUUAUACAUUUGUUUUUAUAGCGACGCUGUGUUAUGAAGUCUUCUACUCAAAUAUACGACACUUCUACUGUA